UGUAGAUGAAAUUACCUAUUUAUUUAGGAAAAGAAUGGAUAAGUUUCAUAAUAUCUUUCCAAAAGAUAUAUGCAUAUUGACAGAUGAGUUUGGACAGUGUGUGCGUGCUCUGUACAAAGAAUCUCGAGAGGAGAACAAUAAUGUAUGUAAGACCAAUGAAGAGCUAAUGAUGUUUGUCGAAGGUACCAGGCCAAUUAGAGGAAGAAUUUGGUCAGAUGUCAAUUACUUCUAUGUGCCUUGGCAUGAUGGUAAACACUGGAUGUUAGUGGUAGUUGACAGACAUAGUUGGACAAUAUUGAUUUAUGACUCGAUUCCAGAUCACUGGAACUCCAUAGAGGCAAUGAAAAAAUCUGUGGAGCCACUUGCAGCAUAUUUUCCUUUUUUACUUAAAAACAGUUGCCAUAUUGGGAGCCUCCAUCAUCAGUGUAGUGAUCUCAUGAGUAUAAAAGUAGCUCCUGCAAAUACUGUUCCUCUGAACAAGAGAACCGGAGAUUGUGGUGUAUUCAUGCUUAAGACAAUGGAAAUGCACAUUGCUGGUAAGUGCAACGAGUCAGCUACAAUGUUGCUCAACGACGACAACAUAGAUACAUACAGGAAGGCAUAUGCAGUUCAAUUAUAUGUGGGUAGUGCAGAUCCUUAAUUAACCAUGUCCUUGUUCGUAAUUCUGAAUUUUGUAAUUUUGUGGAUAAACUUGAAUUUACUCUGAACGACCGCAAACGACCUUGAAUUUAUACUAUGCGACCAUCAUGGUCUUUUAUGUUCUUCAACAAA